CCCCGUCCCCGCCCGGGCGGGCCUUCGGCGCGGAGGCAGCGCGGCGGCCGCCUGGAGGCCCGGGCGCGGCGCGGUCCCCCCGAGGGCGCGGUCUGCAGACGGCGGUGUGCGGCGGCGCUACGUUCCUCUCCGUCCUCCGUCCGCCCCUGUGCCGCCCCCUCCCCCAUGUUUCUUUCUGUUUGUUUUCCGUGUUUUACAGUAAAGGCAUGACUUCCUGGCAUCGCAGGGAAAAUAGGGUGCAAGCCCAGAAACUAUUUCCCCACCACCACUUGUUGAAAAACUGAUUGGAGGGCAUCUCCGGGCUCGAACAAACGAAAAGUGCCGGGGUUUCCUGCGUCUCUGGAUUUGCGCUGGAGACGCUUCGCUGUUAGGUAUCAAGACGAUAAAAACUGGAAACUAAUCCGAACCUUAUUCAAAGUCAGAAUGGAGAGAUUUGUAGUAACAGCACCACCUGCUCGAAACCGUUCUAAGACUGCUUUGUAUGUGACUCCCCUGGAUCGAGUCACGGAGUUUGGAGGCGAGCUGCACGAAGAUGGAGGAAAACUCUUCUGCACUUCUUGCAAUGUGGUUCUGAAUCAUGUUCGCAAGUCUGCCAUUAGUGACCACCUCAAGUCAAAGACUCAUACCAAGAGGAAGGCAGAAUUUGAAGAGCAGAAUGUGAGAAAGAAGCAGAGGCCCCUAACUGCAUCGCUUCAGUGCAACAGUACUGCGCAAACCGAGAAAGUCAGUGUUAUCCAGGACUUUGUGAAAAUGUGCCUGGAGGCCAACAUCCCACUUGAGAAGGCUGAUCACCCAGCCGUCCGUGCUUUCCUGUCUCGCCACGUGAAGAAUGGAGGCUCCAUACCUAAGUCAGACCAGCUGAGGAGAGCAUAUCUGCCUGAUGGAUACGAGAAUGAGAAUCAGCUCCUCAACUCACAAGAUUGUUGACAAGGAGGCUACCACCAUUGUGAUCAAGAUAAAUAAUGUGGAGUAUUAAAGUUAUGUGUUGAUUGUGUGGUUCAUUUUUAUAUUUAUUUCAUUUAAAAUCAUGUGAUGCAGAAUAGUUUUGCAAUGUGUAUAUAGUUGCAGGCAAAACAAAACAAAAACCUCACUGCAAACUUCUUGUUAAUUUUAGUCACCAGUGGUGUAAAGCAAAACUUAGGGUUUAGAGUGUGCUAGGAUACCUGAAACCUGAUGGUUAUCUUUCAAAUUGAUGGUUUUUCUCCUGAAAUGUUUGUGCAUGGAAGAACUGCCCUGCUUUUUUACCCUGUUGCCAUGUAUGAUUAUUCCUUGUGAGAUUACUUAAUUACUUGGAUUGAAGACUAGCCUAGGAAAUUGAAGCUGCUGCCAGGCAACACCACUCACAAUAACUUAAAGGAAUUAUUUCUGAUCAGAGGAUCCUCUUCAAAAAGGAAGGGCUGGUGGGAAACUUGUAUCUUCAGAUCCCUAGCAGAAAAUGUGUUCAUUUCAGGCUAUGCUUUACUUGUAUAUGAUGUAGUUACCUUGACUGUCCUUCAGUUCCUCACUGUCUUUUUCCUCUUUUGUAAAGGUUUAUUGUAUUUAGUAGCAGCUUCAAGUGACCAAAAGACUAAAAUCUUUCUUUUAAUGUCAGUGCCAAAAACCAUGGGGAAUUUUGCAGUGACAUGAUUUUAGUCUCUUAUUGUAAACGCAUUCUUGAUCAACAGCUUUCAUUUCAAGCAUCAUCUUGAAUUUGCAAGCUUUUUUUGUGUGUGUCUUGAUGUUAAAAGACUUCAGGAUUGGCAUUUUAAUUUAAACAGACCUUUUAUGAUUGAGUUUCCUGUUUUUGCAGAGAAGUAUUAAUUACUUUCUGGCUGACAGAUCAGAUAAUAAGGAAAUUACCUUCUAUACAUUAAUUUUUCCAUAGGGUUUUAUAAGAGUUUAUUUAGGUAAAUAGACUAGAAAGAAAGUAUACUUACUUUCACUUUCAUGUGCUUUGCCUCUGGUGGUGCAGAGUUUUUAAACAUGGAUGGUAAACAAUUGUCUAGAAAUAAAACAAGGUUUUUGUAGUAGAGAUCCGGCAGUAUCCUGCAUAACUGUUUGGGUGAGGAAAUAGUUCUGUUAAAGGUCAGCCACGUUCAGGAAAUGAUCUCCAUCUGAACCUCACUGUCCUGUCAGAGUAUCAGUAGCUCAGCCCAGUUGUAUCCUGUAUAUCAGAGACCGGAAUUAGAUUUUUAAAAAACUAAACAGCUGAAAACUUGGACUGGAGCUUUAAAAAAAAGUCAAUUUCUUUGAAAACAUUCAAGUUAAAAAUAUUUAUAAAAUAUAUUUCUGUUACAAAGCACUGACAAAUGAUGCCCUAUGUGACUUGGAGUUAUCUUUGAGGUCAUUUUACCACAAAUCAUUUUUUAAAAAACUGAAGUGAAUAAGGAAAAAGGUGGAUUUUAUAUUUUUCAGAAACAGCUCUCCGUGUCUCAGUCUCCCUUACAGACUUGAAGUCCCUAGUUCAGGUUGUCAAACUGCUCAUCUGAUUUUAGAUUUUAUGUGGGGUUUUUUGUUUUUAUUUUGAACGACCAGUGUUUCUCAUGUCCAGUUAUGUUAAAGUAGCACAAUAAAUGCCCAGAGCAGUGCUCUCGUUGAUAAGGCACAUCCGUGAGGACGCCAGCAGUAAAACAGUCAAAUAUUCUUUGCUUUUACUUCCUUUAGUAAAGAAUUUGUAGGCAACCAUGUUUGAAUUAUCUAAAGAUAGAAGAUCUAAGAAGCUAGGAAAAUAAUUGAGUUUUAUAGCACUAUUUUCAGAAUACAAAAACAAGGUUAGAUAUACAAUCAUUUUAAUUUUUUGAAGUUCCAUGUGAUUCAGACUGCUCCCUGUUUGAAUAUGAAUUUGCGCUAACAGCAAACACACAGUAGCAGAACAGCUUUGAGUAGUCCUGAGCAGUAAAUUGGACGAUGUUGCGCUGGGAAAACAGCAAUAGUUCACAUUUGAGUUUCUAUUGUUAUUACUGAUUUGAUGAUCGUUUAGGUCCCAUGUACCUUGAUGUGUUUCUCCAGGCUCCUAACUAUUGCCAUGUACACUAUCUAGGGGCAUAAUCCAUCCUCCCGUUGGGAUUGUAUCAUGUCCUUAGAAGCGUUUUCCAGCCUGUUGUGGAGGUUUAGUGUGUUUCUUUACUGAUUAUGAAACUGUUCAUUCCCUGAAACUGGUUAACUUUGUCUCAUGGUGAAAUAGAUAAAGCAGAGUGAUUGUUAUAGCCUGCUCAAACUGGUACAAAUCGGUGAAACCACGGUUGGCAUAUGUUAGAUAACAGAUGAGAAUGUCUAAGAGGCAUAUGCUGCUGUGGAGGUGCAGUGGACGUGUGUACAGAAGCUUUCAAUCUUUAUAGUGUUAGUGUAAUGCUAUACUAUUGGAAAAAUAGCAGUUUUUUCUAUUUUAUAAGUUGUAUGCAGAAACUUAAGAUUUGUAAUGUUUCAUUUAUAAACUGCCUUCUUCAACACAUGCUUACCUGUUAAUAGUGUUUUCUUGAGGUAUAGUAGUAUGUCUUCCAGAAUUUCACUAUAUGCUCACAGUAAGUAGUUCCUAGCUUGUUGAAAUGUUAAAUUCCCUGUUGGUUUCUUUUGAUUCUGUGGGGCAUAUAGCAAGCGUGAAGGACAUUGUGAUCAUUUCUUACAGGGUGAAAAUUUAGAAAGAUCGUGUAUGAGAGCCUAAACAGUUAUUUUAUUCAUUGUCAUCUUUGAGUAAGACUUUUUUUUUUCUUUAAACAAAUGCUACUUCCAGUUAAUGCAUUUAGCCCUAUGGAAUUUUCAGGGACCAGAAAACUUUAAAGAAAAAGUUCUGCAUCUUACGCUUGUAAGCAAUUAAAUAUCGGCUUGGGAUUGUUCUGUAGUAUUCAUUGCUUAAAAACUAUUGUAAGUAACAGUUGGCAAGAUCUCCAAGCAGAAAAUUCCAUGUUAAAACUUUGGCUUGAAAGAAUUUGUGUGUGAAUGUUAAUGGAAAACACAUUUAAACAGAAUAAAAUUUAAGGUGGCCCAGAACGAAAGCCACAAAUGAGUGGUCAUUUGGUGCUUAGUCUUUGUAAGGGCUCUCCAUGGUUUGACUUGCUCCAACUGCCUUUCAAUGAGGACACGUCCACUUAAAGCAUGUUCAUCAAAUACAAGACUCGUUCUACAAUUUCAUUGGAAAUCUUAGCCUGAAAUGAAUUGCUUUAGCACUGAUUGAAGUGUGAAUAGUGGAGUGGCUAUCCUAAACCUUGGUUUAUCUCAGUUCACGCUAUCAGAUUUCUGAGGUAACACAGUUCUUACCCAGUGGUAAUCUACUUGUAGCCAGAAUACUGUAUUCAUUAAAAUUGGACUAUGUUCA